AAACCGGAUUGAGUGAACGGUCGGAUCGCACGGUAUCAAUAGGGAGGGUCCGACUUGCAGGAGCUCGGAGAGAACCAGAGAGGGAGGGAGAGAAGAAACAGAGUGAACGAAGUUUUCCAGAGAUAAGGGAGAGAGCAGAGAUGUCGUGGCAAGCCUACGUCGACGAGCACCUGAUGUGCGACAUCGACGGCCAACAUCUCACUGCGGCUGCCAUCGUCGGCCAGGAUGGCAGCGUCUGGGCUCGGAGCGACAGCUUUCCCCAGUUUAAGCCCGAAGAGAUGACCGCAAUUAUGCGCGAUUUCGAGGAGCCUGGAUCGCUUGCACCUACUGGAUUAUUUCUUGGAUCGGCAAAGUAUAUGGUUAUCCAGGGAGAACCUGGUGUUGUCAUCCGAGGGAAGAAGGGAUCUGGCGGAAUUACAAUUAAGAAAACCAACCAAGCCUUAGUCAUUGGAAUAUACGAUGAGCCAAUGGCCCCAGGACAGUGUAACAAAGUUGUAGAGGGGCUUGGUGAUUACCUUUAUGACCAGGGUCUCUAGAUCUAAUAUCGUUUUAGAUUUUUUUGCUUCUGAUGAAUGUGAUCAUCUGCAUAUAUAUGUUUCGUUGGUCAUUAAGAACAAUGCCAAUGGAGAGAUUGCUUUAGAAUAACUAUAAGGUUUUCAAACAAACCUUAUGUGAACAAAAGCAUAUGUGGUUCCUUUUAUGUUUCUGAAGCAUGUAUGUUUUUUGUACUGUUCUGGAAUCCAGAAUGAGAGACAAGUUAAGCUUUCCUUGUUACAA